GUCUGAUCUCAGAUCAGUAAUUCGUUUCCGCUCCAACGUAAACAUUCCAGUUUGGGUCGCUUAAACUGAUCCAAGACCAAUCUUGUACAUUAUUUUAAAGAUGGCUGCCUCCAUCGGACGUUUUUUAAAACCUUGGACAUCGAGUCUGUGUUUUGUGCGGUGGAGUCGGUAUAAUCCGUACUAUCUGGAUCCUGAUCCCAGUAAAGAUGCUCACACUGAUUCAGAAUCAGAUCUCAGUCCUGAACAGAAAGAGUUGAGAGAACUUAAAACAGUGAGACCAAUAAAAGCUGCAGGGUCAAGCGCCACGAGCUCUCCUUUCAAUGACCCUGUGAUCAGUAAGUUAAUCAACAUGAUGAUGCAAGAUGGCAAUAAAAUCCUUGCUAGAGGAAUCAUGAACCAGACACUGGAGACCAUAAAGAGGAGACAGGUGGAGAAAUACCACAAAUCUCCAUCUAAUAGAGAAGACAUUGAAUGUAAUCCAUACGCCAUCUUCCAUCAGGCCCUAGAAAAUUGCAAACCCAUCAUUGGUCUGGCCAGCAUUCAGAAAGGAGGGAAGUUUUACCAGGUGCCCGUUCCUCUCACAGAUAAUCGAAGGCGUUUUCUGGCCAUGAAGUGGAUGAUCACAGAAUGCAGAGAUAACAAACAUCGUCGCACACACAUGUAUGAAAAACUCUCACAGGAGCUGCUGGCUGCUUUUGCUAACGAAGGAAAUGUAGUGAAGCGAAAACACGACCUUCACAAGAUGGCCGAAGCCAACCGGGCAUACGCUCACUACCGCUGGUGGUAAAGAGACGGGCAAACCAAACACAAAAAUGGGACCUUCUUGUUUCUGACUGGCUGCAUCAAGAGUUUUGAUGGACACUGAUCCAAACAGAAGUCAAUGGAAGAAACUGUGUUGUCUUGAAUCAUACA